CAUCAUUUAAAAAGAAAUAAAGAAUUUACUUCAACACAAUCCGAUGAUGAAUUUUCAAGCUCUGAAGAAAAUGAAGAUACUGAAAAAAAUAAGCAUAGCAAUUUUAAAAGACCUUUAGAGGAUUCUGAAAAA